AAAUUGACUAGAACUAUCAGCAUCUCAAUGAAAAUGAAUCAGCAUCAGAUUUAAAAAGUCAUCCGCAUCCACCGGCUUGAAAACAAUCAACCAAAAGUCACAUUUCGAAUGGUCAUCGAUCGAUCGAUUUCGCCAUUUCUCAAAUCAGCAUUCAUCGAUCAGAUCAAAGUAUAUCAUCACUUACAUCAACAUUCUGAAGCUCUGAGAGUGAUACCCACUAAGUUAAUCAUCAAUCGUAGCCUUCAGUCAAACAAACCACCUUCAUCAACUAUAACAACUCCUUUAUUCUCUUGAGCCAUUUUAAAUCAUGUCUACUUCAACUCCAGAUACUCCACCUGAGAUACAUUUGGAUCCCGAGGUUGAGGAACUAUGGUCUUCUCGGGCCCUUCUCCUCGUCCUCGUCCUCCUCAUUCUUUCCUUUUGGGUUUCAUAUUACCUAAAAAUCCGGCGGAUCAAGACCAUUCACGAGACGCUCGUUGCUCUCUUUGCUGGAAUGGUCAUCGGUCUUAUUGUUCGACUCUCCCCAGGAGAAGUGGUACAGAAUAUGAUCAGUUUCAAGACCACCAUCAUGUUAAACGUUCUCUUGCCUCCGAUCAUCUUGGCCUCUGGUUACGACUUGAAAGAGGAAAACUUCUUUCGAAACUUUGGCGUCAUUCUUACGUUUGCUUUUUGUGGAACUUUGAUCUCUGCUGUCGUCAUAGGUGCACUAGUCUACGUUUGGGCUCUUUUAGGUCUUGAGGGGCUCUCCUUGGGUAUCAUUGAAUGCCUGCUUUUUGGAUCCACCCUCUCUGCUACCGAUCCCGUCACCGUUCUUGCCAUCUUCAACACCCUCAAGGUCGAUCCCAAACUCUACAGUGUAAUCUUUGGUGAAAGCUUAUUGAAUGAUGCGGUCGCGAUCGUGAUGUUUGAAACCCUGUCUCAUUUUCACGGCGAAAAAAUCUCAGUCUUCUCCUUCUUCCAUGGAGUCGGUAUCUUCUUACUCGUCUUCCUCACCUCGAUGGCACUGGGUGUCGUCUUUGGUCUCUCCUGCUCACUGAUGCUCAAGCAUUCGAGAGUAUCUCACUUUCCCGAGAUCGAAAGCUGUCUCGUACUUCUCAUUGCUUACACCAGUUACUUUUUCUCAAACGCGCUCACUAUGAGUGGAAUUGUCUCGCUCCUUUUCUGUGGUAUCACCUUGAAGCAUUAUGCUUAUCAUAACAUGUCAAGAAGAACUCAGCGCACUACCAAGUAUAUGUUCACCACUCUCUCCUCACUCUGCGAAAAUUUUAUCUUUAUCUACCUUGGAUUAAGCCUUUUCACCCAGACUCAAUUGGUCUACAAGCCCAUCUUCAUCAUCGUUUCAGCUCUAGCAGUCUGUGUGGCUCGCUAUUGUGCCGUUUUUCCAAUCUCAAAAGUGAUCAAUGUAUUCUUCAGACGAGCACGCGGUCAUCGCACAGAUGAGCUACCUCAUUCUUAUCAGAUGAUGCUCUUUUGGGCUGGGCUGAGGGGUGCAGUGGGCGUCGCUCUGGCAGCAGGUAUCAAAGGUGAUAGUGCCGUCGCCCUUCGCACUACUGUUCUCGUGACUGUGGUCUUGACCAUGGUGGUCUUUGGUGGCACCACGAGUCGGAUGAUCGAGAUCGUGGGUAUUCAGACCGGAAUCGAAGACGAGUUGGAUACUUCAGACGAGGAGGCCGGUGCCACACAUGGUGGCUUUGUCAGUCUUGGUAGGAAUGAUCAUAAUUCGACCUUAUAUCACGGUUCGCGUAAUGGAAAACAAUCUCUUGGUGAUACACUCGACUUGGCCGCUGAUGUUCGGAACGAUCUACCUGCUGUUGGUCAUAAUGUUGGUGCUGGAUCAGACGAUCCCUACGAUCAUUUUGGCCAUCGUCAUUCUAGUAACACUUCUGUGCGACGUGAAGGUCGAAGUCCGUCUCCUGUACACUCAAUUACAAGUCAAGAUUCGGAUGACGAAGUAUUACCGACUGCAGGCUCCAACCCUGAUCGAGGAUCUGGACCUGAAGCUGAUGAGGCAGGCAAUCAUGACGCGGAGGCUGGUAACCGGAAGGUUUGGAGGGAUGGUCAAUGGUUCACAGUUCUUGACGAGCAGUAUCUGUUACCCGUUUUCAGUAACGCAACAGCCUCUCGAAAACAAGCUUCUAGGAAAGCUUUGCGUAAUCAACGGAUCACCAUGCCUGGAGGCAAUGGUGAUAACUCUGGGCUCAGUGAUCGACGAGAAUCGGAUGGAGAUUUAGCAGGAUCGACGUUUGGAUCACAACCCACUUCACCAUGGCUUUCAUCAUCACCAUCACUGGAAGAGGGAGUUCAUCGACCGCAUCAAUCAGGAGGUGCGCACCAUUAUCAUUCACAUCAGCGAGUACGGACAUCGGACCGUAGCGCUAGUAUUCCUUCACCGUUUCAAGGCUCAUUUUCGGACGUACUUUCUGCCUUGGUGAAUUAUCCACCUGCUGGACCUUCAUCAAUGGUGAAUUCAAUGAAACGACAUUCAUCAUCUUCAAUCUUACCGAUCAUCAAUCCUGGCCUUCGAAAGAAGAGAGACAGCGAUGAUAUUGGGAUAGUCGAAAGUUCAGGUUUAAGUCCAAGUCAGCAGAUGUUAGCAAGACAUCGAGCACCAAGUCCAUCAUCAAGGACAACAGAAGAAUUAGUUGAAAUCGAACAUGAAAGAGGUAUGGUCGAAUCGAAUCGAAAGACUACAUCAUCAUCUAGUAGAUCAGGAAGUAGUGUGAUCCUUGAAGAUGUUCAAAGCAGUCGAGGUACAGGACAAAGAUGGGGAGGAGGUAGUAAUAGUAAUAGUAAUAGUAGUCAUCAAGUCAGUUCACCUGAAGAUCCUAAACGAAUGAAUCAUGUAAAACAUAGAUCAGGUGAUAGAACUGGAGUAGGUGUUAAGAAACUUGUAAAAGAAUGAUGUUUUAGAUUUGAUGAAGUUUAAAAGGAGAAAACCAAAAAACUCUUGCGAAGACUCUUUAUAUAUUUAUAUAUAUUAUAUAGAAAAACACACGAAUGUGUGUGUCAUGUGUGUGUGUUUAGUAGGACAAACGAAUUGAGGAUGAUUGAUGAAAGGAAAAAGGGGUUUAAGUUGGCAUGAAUGUUUCUUUUCUCUUUCUCUCUCUCUUUGAUUUUGAUUCUUUUUUAUAUAUACAUAGAAUAUUGUGUUGAUCAUCUUGAGAAUAGAAGGUUACUGUUUUCUUCUUCUUCUUUGACUUGUUGAAUAUAUAAGAGGGAAAGGGGAGAAAGCGGUCCGGAGGGUUUUGUAUGAUGUGUUUGUGUGGGAAAAAGAUGUGGAUAAUAUAAUUUUGGUUAAGAUUUACUACAUAUAUAGAGGAGGAGGAUAGAUGAAAAGUGAUUAAUUUAUUGUGAACUGGGGAACCCAUUGAAAAUGUUGAUAACUUUUUUUUGAUGUUUUUUUUCAAAAGAUGAGGAGUGGGUGUUUGGAUGAUCAUUUCAUUGGAUUUGACUUG